AUGGUAACCGGACUCCCUUCAAUCGCUGGUAAAAUCCCAGCAUCCAUCAACUCAUCCGCCAAACCAGCCGGUCCAACACUCGUCCCUCAAAUAGGCCAUAUCGUCGAGCCAGAGCUGGUUCCCGUCCCUUCUGAAUCUGGUGAAGCGCAAGAUCUGGCUAGGUGUCCUACAUGUGGUGUGGCUGUUUGGUCGCAUUAUGGUGGAGCCGGAUCUCUUGUUAAAUGUGUCAAGGGGGGUACGUUGGAUGAGGCGUGGAAGGUGCAGCCGGAUGUGCAGAUUUAUACGAGGAGUAAGAGGAGCUUUUUUACGCUUGAUGGAAGUGUGCCGGAGUUUGAGGAGUAUUAUAAACGGGAUGGAGUGUGGAGGGCGGAGAGUUUGGAGAGGUGGGCGAAGAUGAUGAGGGAUAACGGGAAGUAG